AUGACCACGUUCUAUUUUGGUGGAGAUGGAGAGGAAUCCGAGAAGCUAUUCAGGUACCGGCCUGGAGGACUGCAUCCUGUUAUCCUCGGCGAAGUUCUUCCCAAACUCGGUACCUGUGUAGAUGACCAAGUUAAAAAGCCACGAUACCGCAUCCUCCUGAAACUUGGCUUCGGAGGAUUUUCCACUGUUUGGCUCGCGCGAGAUGUCGACGAGAAGUAUGCUUGAUUCGUCCUCACAUGUCGGCAGUCCCUAGCUAACCAAAACCGUCUGACAGAAGAUACGUCGCCCUCAAGAUCUGCCAGGGUUCCGAUCAACCCACUCAAAGGAGCACUGAAGCAGAAAUUCUACACCAUCUCCACCAGGUCGACUCUGACGCACUGGGCCACGAGAAUAUUUUGGAAAUCUACGACAGCUUUACAGUCCGAGGCCCCAAUGGGUUCCACGCGUGUAUCGUAACCGAAGUCGUGCUGCCCUUGCGUCGCAUGUCUAUCGAAAAACACGGCUCGCCACAGAGACUAGCCCAGCAAGCAUUGGCCGGCUUUGAUUUUUUACACCGCCACGGGGUGGUGCAUGGAGGUAAGGCUCAACCGUGGGAGUCCAGAAUGCGGACGCAGCUAAAGGAUGUGCCUGGUUUACAGAUCCCCAUUACAACAACUUCGGCAUAGCGUUACCGCAACUCCAGGAGGCUAAGGAAUUGGAUGUGAUGGAUCAAUUUUCCGAUCCUGUGCUUGUACCAGUGGUACCGCAUGAUCCAUUCUUGCCACUUGAGUCGUUCCCAGCCUACCUCACCGAAACCAGCCCAUUGGAAGAAUUAAUCCAGGCGAGGAAUCUUCUCCCUUCACCUGAGGAAAUGUGUCUCAAAAUCAUCGAUUUUGGAAGAGGUAAGCCCCCUAGCCUUGGUGAACAGACGUUGAUUAACUAUUAUUAGCAUGCUGGGCAGAUGAAAUUCCUUCAGACCUACCAGGUGCCACACCAGUCGCGAAUCGACCACCUGAAGUCGUGAUGCAUAUGUUAUCCAACGGAGAAAUUGGGUCGGUCUGGAGCAAAGAAGCCGAUAUUUGGGCGAUUGGAUGUAUGGUGAGUCAAACUUCAAAUUCAUCUCAUCCCAGGUGCAGUAGAUGUAUACUGAACAACACGUGAAGAUACACGAAUUGAGGGGAGGGUAUAUGGUGUCAUCAUGGGGCAAUCUCCAGUCGCAACUUUACGAUGCCUUGUGUUUAGGUGGUUCACCACCUAAAGACUGGUCUGAUUUCUUGAGUUCGCAAAAGCCCAGCUACGGGACUGAGGUCUGGAAACAACCCGUAUUCGAUACGGACAAGGCCUGGAGUCGUCGGCUGAAGAAUGAGCCUGAUCGUGAGACGUUCCUAGAUCUGAUCCGAAAAAUGGUCACCACGCGGCCAUCAGAUCGAACUCAGAUCGCCAUGCUCUAUGACCAUCGCUAUUUCUCUGACGGGAGUGAUUCAGAGUCGGGGGAUUCGGACAAAGCGAAUUGUGGUCAUAACAACUAG